AUGGCCGACGCAGCAUACAAGGAUCCCAUCGACCAUGUUGAGUCCAAGGUUGACCAUGCCGAAAGUAAUGCAAGGAAUGACAAAGCAAAUCAACUCCUAAGUCAGAUCGGAAGAACAAUCGCUCUUACUCCCGAGAACAAUGCUCGCGUGUUGAGAAAGAUUGACUUGUACAUUCUUCCCGUCGUACUAGGAACUUACUUCCUGCAAGCAUUGGAUAAAGCUACUCUGGCGUACGCUUCGGUCUUUGGGCUUGUCGAGGAUACCGGUCUGGUUGGACAUCAGUACUCAUGGCUCGGGGCAGUGGUUUAUCUUGCGCAACUGAUCUCUCAGCCUCUCAUCGCAUACCUCCUUGUCAAAAUGCCCUUGGGUAAAUUCCUGGCGGCUAUCGUUCUGGCAUGGGGAGUUACGUUGUCAUGCAUGCCUGCAGCGACAAACUUUUCUGGCAACCGUUUCUUCUUAGGUUUGUUCGAAGCUGGAGUUGCCCCAGCUUUCAUCAGUCUUACGCAAAUGUGGUGGCGACGACGAGAGCAGCCGCUUCGCCUUGGAGCAUGGUAUGCAAUGAACGGAAUCACCAACAUGCUGGGAUCUCUAUUGACGUAUGGUCUUGGUCAUAUUGAUUCUCCACAUCUCAAAUCCUACCAGAUCAUCUUCCUAUUCUUCGGAUUAAUCACCGUGGCAUACUCUAUCCUGGUUUGGUUCUUCCUUCCCGACUCCCCAAUGACAGCUCGUUUCCUCCAAGGGGAUGAUAAGCUGGUGGCCAUCGAACGGCUUAGGGCUAACAACCAAGGCAUUGAGAAUGAUGAGUGGAAAUGGAAACAUGUCAAAGAGGCGGCUCUCGAUAUUAAGACUUGGCUUUGGGCUGCCAUGAUGUUCGUGAUUUCUGUGCCCAGUGGUGGCAUCUCAACGUUCGGGCCAUUGAUUGUCAAGAACUUCGGCUUCAACCGCUUUCAAACCAUCCUCCUUAACAUUCCAUUCGGUGCCGUUCAACUUGUCGCGACACUGUUGGGCGCGUAUGUGGCCACUUUGCUAAAGUGGAAGUCUCCGGUUCUCGCGUUCCUCAGCCUUCCUCCGAUUGCUGGUUGCGUUAUGUUGCUGUACUUGCCUCGAGAUGUCUCAGCGAAAGGGCCACUUCUUGCCGCGUACUACCUGAUUUCCGUAUACCCCGGGAUCACGCCGCUAAUCUAUUCCUGGUCCGCUGCGAACACCGCGGGCGAAACCAAGAAAAAGGCAAGCAGCAACCACGCGCAUAUGCAAGACUCGAACAAUCUAAUUUCCAUACACAGUGUGCUUGGCCCAAAUUUGUACACUACGGGUGAGGCACCAUUAUACCAUCGAGGCUUGAUGUCGAACUUGGCCUUGUUUGUGGUUCUUAUUGGCUUGUAUGCUCUUCAGGUUGUGUAUCUUAUGGUCCUCAACAAGAAGCACGGCUCUACCAGGGAACGAAUGGGGAAGCGAGCAGUGAUAAUUGACCAGUCGAUGAAACGAAUCAAAGCAGCUUCUGCAACGCAUGUGGACGAACGUGCAGAGUUGGACGAUUCUGUCGGACAGAAAGCGUUCGAUGACAAGACUGAUUGGGAGAACGAAGACUUCAUUUACGUGUACUAA